AUGCACCCCGGAUUCGCCACCAACAGUCGUGGCACUUCGGCGCACAUCACCUGUGGAGACAUUCUCGUCGACCUGGCAGCUGCGGUAACAAUUACCAUGGCGGCGACGGUGCCGCCCGUGAACGACGAUCCCGGUCAACCUGACCCACUCGGCGACCAGGUUGACAGCGACUUGGACGCGGAGGGCGAAGAAGAAACCGACCUUUAUCAGAUGGAUCAACAACUUCAAGACGCUGUACACCGCGCCUUUUCCGGGGAAAAUGGAGACACCGAGACCGAGGCCCGUGUUAGGAGUCUACAAAACGGCGAUGAUGAGACAGAACCCGUUGGUGCAGUGAAGGUCCCAGAAGACGAAUCAUCUGAUGAAGAUGAUGCAGAAUCUGGAAUUGCCGAUGCCGAUGGUGACCCUGCGUUUGAGGAUGAAAAUGAGCCAGAGGCAUCAGGAUCUAGCGACUCUGAAUCAGAAGCACAGGACUGGGAAGCCGAAAGUAAUGGCCACGAGGACGGGGAUGCUGAAAUACGCAGUCGAACCACUUGCAUUUUCUGUGGCCAGGAUGAAGAACAUGAUCCAGGCGAAGAUUUUGAAGAAUGGCUCACCUGUGCCGUCUGUGGGGAUCAUUCCCAUCGACAAUGUGCGCGAGAACAAGAAGAGUUCAAUGACACCGAGGACCUUUGGAGAUGCCCCGUUUGUGUUCAAAAUAAACUAGAACCCGAUCCGGUCGAAAGUCCCUCCCUCCUGAAAUCUGGGCACGCACACCUACCUAAGGAACUGCUCCCUGCGCAUGUGGGGAAGGAAGGAGACGGCUUUCAUUCGAUAUUUGACACCGGAAUCAACGAUGACGUGUUGAAUAGCUCCCGUGCACUACGGAAACGAAAAGCUUCAUCAAUAGAAGCAGAGGAACAUACCCCCGUCCUCCGAAAACGACGACGGCAGACAGAUCGUUCGGAUUCAAACGACCUUCCUGGAGACGACGCACUGGACGACUCAACUCACACACGUCCUUUGCGGGCUCGUCGCACACGUGGAGUUGACCGAGAACAUGCGCGUGUUGUGCUCAAACAGUUCGGCAAACUCAUCAUGGCCUUCCGACUGGAUGAAAUGAAAGUCAACAAAAUAACGAAUACCCAAAGCCAGCCUCAACGCAAGAAGAAGAAAGCACAAAAACCCCCACCCGUACAGCAGGAACCUCAAGCUCAUUUCGCCCCUAUUCCUCCCACCUCCUACACUCAAUUUACACCCUUCCACGACCGUGACAGCGAUGAUUCCAAAUCCAAGCCGUACGGUGGUAUUUUAUCUGAAGUUGACGCAGAUACAUCGAAGACCCUUCCCACACAACUGGACCGUGAGAAAUUCGAAUCGGCCCGACAGAAAGCCGAGGAUGAAUGGCAGCGGAGAGUACGAGAAGCAGAGCUCAACGGCGAAGGCACUACAAACUCACAAAAGGUAUCCGGGCCACCCUCCAAGAUCAAGUACAUCAACUUUGGUGGCUAUGAGAUUGAAACGUGGUAUGCUGCUCCGUACCCAGAAGAGUACAGUCGCAACCGUGUGCUCUACAUUUGCGAAUUCUGCCUCAAAUACAUGAACUCGGACUAUGUGGCUUGGCGGCACAAGCUUAAAUGCCCGGCCAAACAUGCCCCUGGUGACGAAAUCUAUCGCGACGGCUCGAUCUCAAUCUUCGAGGUAGAUGGCCGGAAGAACCCGGUAUACUGCCAGAAUCUGUGUCUUCUUGCCAAGCUUUUCCUCGGAUCCAAGACCCUUUAUUACGACGUUGAGCCAUUCUUAUUUUAUGUCAUGAGCGAGUACGAUGAUCUUGGAUGUCAUUUUGUCGGUUAUUUCAGCAAGGAAAAGAGGCCAAGCUCAGCGAACAACGUUUCAUGCAUUCUCACCCUCCCUAUACAUCAACGCAAAGGCUACGGCAAUCUUCUCAUCGAUUUUUCAUAUCUCUUGACGCGCAUUGAGGGGAAGAAUGGAUCUCCCGAAAAGCCCUUGUCAGAUAUGGGUCUGGUGUCGUACCGCAAUUACUGGCGCCUGAUCCUAUCAUACCAGCUUCGUGACUUGAAGACACCCGUUAGCAUUGCGGAUCUUUCCGACCGGACAGGGAUGACUGCAGACGACAUUGUGUCGGCUCUUGAGGGGCUUCGAGCGCUGGUGCGGGACCCCAUUACAAAAACUUACGCUUUUCGUCUGGAUAAUAAGUAUUUUGAAGAAGUCAUUCAAAAGUGGGAGAGCAAAGGCUACGUCACUCUCAACCCUGAUGCGCUACUUUGGACACCCUACAUUAUGGGCCGCAACAAUCAGUCCCAGUUUGAUCGUGCCCCUAUCCACGCUGUUGCACCUCGGGAGGAUCUUGAAGAGGAAGAAGAAGAAGAUGAUGAGAUGAGGGAUGUUCAGACUGGAAACGACAUGCCCACCACGGAUGGUCGUGCCGAUGGCCUUGGGGAAGCGGCUGGACCACCAUCCACCGCUCUUCACCAAUCCAAUGGGGUCCAUCCACCAGAAGACUCCGCACCCCCGGCUCCUCCCCCUGCCGCCGGCAUCCCCCCUUCACGAUUCGAGCUCUGGCCCCCAGUCCAUGUUCCUGCUACUGGUCGACGCAAACCCGGUCGCCCAAUGGGCAGCAAGAUGAGCCACCGAGCAUCAAUGACACCAACCACGAUGCGCGCAAGUGGUCGCAACACUCCACGCGGGCCAUCUGGUCUCCCGGUAGUCACACCAUCUACCAUCCGCCGCGGGCGAAGUAAGCUGACUGGUUCUCCGGCUACGGAAGACAUUUCUUCUCGACCGAAUGGCAUUGAUGCGGAGGGAGAUGCGGAUGCUGACGGCGAGCCAGAUGAGAUGAUGGAUGCAGUUGGAGCUGAUGUGGCAGAGCCCAUGAAAGCUGAAGCGGAUGCCGCGCUUGCCGACGGAGUGGCCGAGGUGGAUGAUAAGCCCGAGCAGGUCAACGGUGACGAGAGGCCCGAACAAGUCAUUAAAACGAAUGGCGUCGGUCAUGAUGACCAUGCACCUGAGGCCGAGCCCAAUCUUGAUCCUGAAUCUAUGCCCGAGUCUGACCCUGUACCUGAUGUUGAGCCUGAUGUCCCAAAGACACCAGAGAAGAAACCCAAUUCUACGUCACGAUCACCGGAAACAGCAACUUCUCAUCGCUCUAGGCGAAAGCAAUCCGACAAUCACCCCAAGACACCCACGUCGGUUACUCGCAAAGCCUUGGUUGAAAAGGUUCAGGUCGUGGUACCCGUUGACUCUGGCUCGAUGCGAAGCCAUACCAAGAGAAGCCCUCCCGUCACCAAUGGUAUCAACCCUGACAUCGACAUCGACGCCGAAGGCGAGGAUGACCCCGAUGCAGACGCGGAGUACGAGGUGGACGGCGACGUGGUAAUGGAGACAUGA